AGAUGGAAGCUGUUUGUCUCUCACAUGUGGACUGUGAAGCCGCUGUGAUUAGCAUAGGGAAGAAAGGAGGCAUCCUGAGCCCAGCACAUCUACUGGGGCCUUGGGGUCAGCUUUGUGCAGAGGCCUCCCUUGGUGAACUGAUAACAAGGAGUAUUUCAGAUCCCUGACAGAGCUCCUUGUCUGCAUUGUCUCAGCAUGAGGGGUGUGAUGCUGAUGUGGGCGCUGCUCGCCCUGGCUGGCCUGCAGGUGGCCAGCUGUCUGAAGGUUGCAGCCUUCAACAUCCGGACCUUUGGGGAGACCAAGAUGUCCAAUGCCACCCUCGUCAACUACAUUGUGCAGAUCGUGAGCCGCUACGACAUCGCCCUCAUUCAGGAGGUCCGAGACAGCCACCUGACAGCUGUGGGGAAGCUGCUGGACAAUCUCAACAAGAAUGCAGCAGACACCUAUCGCUACGUGGUCAGUGACCCCUUGGGGCGCAGCACCUAUAAGGAGCGCUACCUCUUCGUAUACAGGCCUGACCAGGUGUCUGUCCUAGACAGCUACUACUACGACGACGGCUGUGAGUCGUGCGGGACCGACACCUUCAGCCGGGAGCCGGCCAUUGUCAAGUUCUCCUCCCCAAACACAAAGGUCAAGCAGUUCGCCGUGGUGCCCCUGCACGCAGCCCCCGAGGACGCAGUGGCCGAGAUUGACGCACUCUAUGACGUCUACCUCGACGUGCAGAAGAAGUGGGGGCUACAGGACAUCAUGUUGAUGGGUGACUUCAACGCAGACUGCAGCUACGUAACCUCCUCCCAGUGGUCCUCCAUCCGCCUGCGCACCAACUCUGCUUUCCAGUGGCUGAUUCCUGACUCUGCAGACACCACCGCCACCUCCACCAACUGUGCCUAUGACAGAAUCGUGGUCACAGGAACUCAGCUCCGAGGUGCUGUUGUUCCCAACUCAGCUGCUCCCUUCAACUUCCAGACUGCUUACGGACUGAGCAGCCAACUGGCCCAGGCCAUCAGUGACCACUAUCCUGUGGAGGUGACUCUUGCCUGAGGCCUGCGAGACUGGACCUGGAGAAGCCUGCACAGAGGGGGAACGGGUAGAGGGACACACACUUUUAAUUAAGGGUAAUAAAGAGGGUGGUGAGUGCA